AUGAAGGUUGAAGACGUAAGAAGUGAUUGUCAUCAAUCGUUUGAGUGCAACCAGAAGGAUGUUUGUCAGCAGAAAGAAAAUGACAAGUGUUUUGAUGUGACGUUGCGACGACCAGGUGACAAAAAUAUUGGAGAAACUCCAGCAAGCACUAACUCCAACACAGAGGUAACUUAUGGACUGAGUUCACCAAUUAGCAGUGACAGCGAUAAUGCUGUCAUCGAGACAAAGUCCACCACCGAGGAGGCGGCUCUUGUAUCGAAUUCGUCGGAUGCUAAUCUUACCAAAGUAGCAAGUAUAUCUACAGAAAAGACGAAGUUGGACCUCAGUUUAUCUCAGAGCACAAGUGCUGAUGUAGAGAUGCUGAGCCCAGAGAGCCCAACCUGCAAAUCCUUGCUGUAUAACAGCUCAGUGGAAAGCCACAAUCCCAGCGCAGAGUCUCAGGCACCUUGUGCUCAAUCCUCGUCUCCGAGAGAAUCCACUAACCUUAUUGACACUAAAGCUGGACCUGGAACGAUCAAAGAUCCUGAUGUUACAGCUAUGGAAACAGAUAAGUCUCUAGUGGAAAUGGAGCCAGUGCUGGUGACUUUGCCACGUGUUGACAGGAAGUCGUUGGGAACUCCUGUAGAGGAGCUGAGGAGGAUGCCAAUGUGUGCUCCGGCCCUCCCCCCACUCAGGGCAUCAGACAAUCACAUAGUCCUCAUCCGGACUGACCUGCUUAUAGAGGGCAAGGUCCCUGUUUCAUAUCCCAACAAGUUCCAGGAUGCCUGGGACGAUAUGCAUGUCAAGAUGCCCUGCUCUGAAAAGAACCUGUUUCCUAUGGAGAAUGAGGUAUAUUUCACCUCCAGGCUGAGCAAGUCUGAGUACAAGUCUUCAUUAGGUCUGGUGGUGCGUGAGGUAGACAUCUCAGUGUCCCGGGUUCAGGUUGAGGAGCUCUUUGGCUUGGAAGAUUACUGGUGCCAGUGUGUAGCCUGGAGCUCUGCGGGUACCACCAAAAGCCGGCGAGCAUAUGUGCGCAUUGCAUACCUCAGGAAAAACUUUGAGCAGGAGCCACUCGGCAGGGAAGUGCGGCUGGAACAGGAAGUUCUGCUGCAGUGCCGCCCACCAGAAGGGAUCCCACCUGCUGAGGAGGUGCUGACUAUAGGAGAGGAGAGUUUGUCCUCGCCAUGUUACAUGCAAUUGGAGGAGCAGAGCUGCCACAUACUGAUGGAGCACUUAGGCACCUAUAGUCUGGGGGGACAGUCAGUUCCUCCUCAACCUGCUUGUAAGAGGCUACAGCUUGCCCUGUUUGCUCCACGAGCUCCUUGCCUCUCUCUGGAUUACAGUCUAAGGGUCUACUGCAUUCAAGACACACCAUAUGCCCUAAAGGAAGUGUUAGAAUUUGAACGAACGCUUGGUGGGGUGUUACUGGAGGAUCCCAGGUCACUCCUCUUUAAAGACAGUUACAACAACCUACGACUGUCAAUCCAUGACAUCCCGCACUCUCAUUGGAGGAGCAAGCUUCUUGCUAAGUAUCAGGAGAUCCCAUUCUACCACAUCUGGAAUGGGAGCCAGCGGCCCCUGCACUGCACCUUUAGCCUGGAGAGAGGCAGCCUGGCUGUGUCCCAGCUCAGUUGUAAGAUCUGUGUGAGACAGGUAGAAGGGGAGGGACAGAUAUUCCAGCUCCACACAGACAUCCAGGAGACAUUGCCCCCACAUUCACCGCUGCCUGCAGGAGGAACAAGCCUGCCGUCAUCUCAGGUGGGUCCUUAUGCCUUCCGCCUGCCAGCCUCUAUCCGCCAAAAGAUCUGUGCCAGUCUUGAUGCCCCCAGUGCCCGUGGCUGUGACUGGAGACUGCUUGCACACAGCCUGGGCUUUGACAGUUACCUGAACUACUUUGCCACCAAGCCAAGUCCCACAGGUGUGCUGCUCGACCUGUGGGAAGCUUGUCACCACGGUGAUGCCGACCUGGUCUCCCUGGCGACUGCUCUGGAAGAAAUGGGCAAGAGUGAGGUCUUGGUUGUUAUGACGACAGAUGAUGACUGCUGAUUGGGUAAUCAGAAAGUAUAGAAAUGUGGCACCAUGAAUAAAGCAAUCAUUAAUGCCAGUGGACGGGCAUAGAAAUGUGACCACACACCCUGACUCGUCACCGUGUGUGCACUACAGAAGAAACAGAGCUGCAAGCUGCUAGCUCCAUGAUCUCUCAGUCUUCAGUCACGAUGAACAUGAACCAAAAAAUGUGAUGUCAUUUGAAUGAGAACAUUUUUUACUCUUAAUGCAGGUAGCAGGUUCUGGGCCUGUCUGCUUAAAUCUCCAUGUACAAGGUCAUGAUUCAAGAAUGCUUUUUGCCCUCUCAGACGUGAAUAAUUUCUCAUCGAAACACGGGAAUAUACACAAACACCCACACACUCAGCCUACAUGCUGGAAGCUAAGUGUGAAAGUGCAUGAUUAAGCGUCACUUAAGGUCGUGAUUGAGCUUUUGUUUCCUAGUGAUUACUGGAGGCUUAAAGUCACCAUCAAACAGACUCUGGAGUGAAGCAUUUUCUCAAGUUGCUCACACACACACACACACACACACACACACACACACACACACACACACACACACACGGUUACACAGAAUACAGUUACACAGAUUAGAGUGUUGAUUAUAAAGCACGAAAGUAGCCAAAUUAACCAGACAUAGACUCAGAAACAGCAGUGCUGCAAUAGUUAUUAGUUUUACCAUUUUUAUUUACAACAUAUUGAGAAUAGCCUGUAGUGAACCUGACACUCCUCCUGUUUGACAAAAUCUUGACAUGCUUAUGAUUAGCAAACAGAAACAGGGAGCUGUUGUUGCAAGAAAGUAGGGAUGUACUGAUUACAAGUUUUAAUACAAUAAGUACUGCGUAUACUAAAAGUAUUGCUCCAGAUACCUGAUACUGAUUCAGUACUGACAUCCUCACAGGAAACAAGCCAAACCUCUGCAAGCUGCUGUUGCCUAGUUAUGCAAAAUAUCAGAGACAUGAUGGUGCCGUGUUCAAGUCAGCCUCACUCACUGUCACGAGAAAACACAUCAAAUCAGAUCCCAUAAAAGAGCCGAGUAUCAGUGCAUCUCUAGUGGAAAAAUUUCUAGGAAUUGAAUUUCCAUUUUGCUUUUUUUUAGUAAUCUUGAUUGUUUUUAAUGAUAUUUUCUCUUCAACACACAAAAUGCAGAAGUGCUAUCACACAAUGGUUUCCUAUAGGGAACGCACUUUUUAAUUUACUGUCCAUAUUAGUGGAUUAUUUUUUCAUUCUCUCUCAUUCAUUCUAUCUGCUGUAAUGUUUAGUAGAACUUAUGCAUCUGUAAUUGACCGCUGUUGCAUUACGUUCCACAAGCAAGGAGUGGUUACAAAGUGCUUAAAUGACUUCAUGUCGUGUGGCAAGCUUUUUAAAUGCUGUUUAAUAUGUCAUGGGUAAACUGUCAUUUCAGGCAUUGAAGCACAUGAAAAAUGUGAGCUCUGGUUCUGUGAUCUGGUGUUUGGGUUCAACUCGAGCCAUUAAUCACUGCUCAGACGCUAAGGUCAUGCAAUUGUAGGCCUUGUGUUUAGUGUCUUUGGAAAUGGCAUGGCUGCUCUUUGGACUGCAUUGUGUCACGUCCACAGUCUUCUCGGACUGUGGGUUGGAAAUGUUACUAUAGUGUGAGACUAACAGCCAUGGCUGUCAUGGGCCCUUUACCAUUUGUCCAUUUUGAUGUUGUAUCAUUAGCAUAUUGUGACCUUAAUAUUAUAAGGUUCAGUCUGGCAUUUUGGCCGGAAAUGAGUUCAGCACAUUAGUUGGAACCUGACUUCAUAUUUGGUAUUAUUCUCUCUCUCUCUCUCUCUUUUUAUUUUACACAUUCUCUGGUUCUAUAUUUUAGCAAAGUUGCACGUCUAAAAUGAACUUGGAAUGAACUUGGAUUCUAUCACAGCCCAUCAUAAUUGUAGAUGAAUUAUUAAUGAAUAAUAUUAUUAAUUGUAAUAAAUUGCCAAUCAUA